AUGGGCAUGAUUUCACAAGAUCAUGCCAAGUUGGACUCAGACACAAUUACAGAUGCCAUUAUUCCAUUGGUCGAAGCAAACCCCUCGAUAAAGGUGAAGUCUGCUAUUGCAGAAGUUCAAGGCAGGUUCAACUAUACUGUGAGUUACCGCAAGGCUUGGUUGGCAAAGCAGAAAGCUGUCGCAAAAAUUUUUGGUGAUUGGGAAGUUUCUUACCAGACUUUGCCAGUAUGGUUGAAAGCAAUGACAGUGAAGAUGCCAAGGUCUCGUGUUCAAAUUAAAACGCUCACCGUUUACCAUGAGAGUGAGGAGGUUCAAGGUGUAAGAGUUCUGCACCGCGUUUUUUGGAGCUUCUAUUCGUGUAUUGUAGCAUUCAGACACUGCAAGCCACUGGUGCAGGUUGAUGGCACGCACCUGUACGGAAAAUAUAAAGGAGCAUUUCUGGUAGCGGUUGCACAAGAUGGGAAUCAAAACAUUGUGCCUAUUGCAUUUGCGAUUGUUGAGGGCGAGACAGCAGACGUGUGGGAGUUUUUCCUAACCAAUUUGCGGAGAUAUGUUGUUAUCAUUGAUGGUGUGGGUAUUAUUUCUGACCGCCAUACCUCCAUCGACGCUGCAAUAGCUCGCAGUAACGGUGCAUGGUCACCACCAAGGGCGUGA